CAACAGCCCGACUGAUCUGAGCAAGAGAGACGCGCGCAUGCACAAUCGGGACAGAACCAGACCGCCAACACAAAUUCGUUUAUUCCAAAAUCUUACGGAGUGUCUUUAAACAAAGCGAGAAUGCUGGAACGGUCGGAAGGGUUCUGUUUUUUAUUAUUUCUCACCGUUUCGCAAAUAUUGUCCGAAAAGAUGGACCUGCGUCCGUGCAUCGAGACAGACUACUACUAUGAAUACACAGAGUGUGACAGCACAGGGUCCCGCUGGAGAGUGGCCAUCCCUCACAAUCAAGGCUCCUGUUCAGGACUGCCCACACCUACCAGAGGAACAGACUGCACGUUCUCAUGUGCUGCGGGCGAGUACCUAGACAUGUCCACUCAGAAGUGUAGACCCUGUGCGUCCGGAUCCUAUUCGCUGGGCAGUGGUUUGAGGUUUGACCAAUGGGAUUCCAUUCCUGAUGGCUUCACCAGUCUGGCUACUUUCAUAGACCUUAAUGGAGAGGAUAGCCAAGCCUGCAAUGGCUCGUCAUGGACACCGCAGGGGGUGUAUCUGGAAUCGAGCCGUGACGAGUGUUCCGUGUCGUUGGUCUACGCUGUUCGACUGGAGAAGCAGGGCUUAGUUUCAUUCAGCUACCAGUACCCCGACAGCAACAUCUUCUUUCAGUUCUAUGUCCAGAAUGAACAGUGCCAGGAAAUGUUCCAGAACGACGAUCAGAAGUGGAUCAAACCCACCACAACCGGAGAGUGGGACACACAUACGGUGAAUCUUAAUUCUGGCACCAACAUCCUGUACUGGAGAACCACUGGGAUCCUUGAUGGAGGGAAGAUGGUCAAACCUGUGCUGUUGAAGAACAUCCAGAUAGAGGGUGUGGCUUACACAUCAGAAUGCUUCCGGUGUAGACCAGGCUGGUUCAGCCCCGACCCUGGCUCCUCCUCCUGCCAAACCUGCCCACGGAACACCGCUUCCAGCAAGGGAGCCAGCUCCUGCACGCCGUGCCCAGACAAUCAGUACUCACACGAGGGAUGGGCAGAAUGCAGGGAGAGGCCUGCGUGCUCAGAGAAGGACUACUUUCAGAUUCACACACCCUGUGACAGUGAAGGGAAGACGCAGGUGACGUAUCGGUGGGUGGAGCCACAGAUCUGUGUGGAGAAUAUGACAGGUGCAGUCACACUGCCCCCUACAGGUGAGAGGGCACCCUGUCCUCCUUGUAACCCUGGCUACUACAACACCAAUGACUCCACCUGCUUCCCCUGCCCCCAUGGCACACACUCUGACGGCACCUCAGUGUGUGAAGAGUGUCCAGCAGGUACAGAGCCAGUGUUGGGAUAUGAAUAUAAAUGGUGGAACGUUCUACCCUCGAAUAUGAAGACAUCCUGCUUUAACGUGGGCAAUACCAAAUGUGAUGACAUGAAUGGGUGGGAGGUGGCAGGGGACCACAUACAAAGUGGUUCCGGAGGCUCUGAUAACGACUACCUCAUCCUUAAUCUACACGUUCCUGGCUUCAAGCUACCGACAUCGCUGUCUGGGAUGACAGGAAGUGAAUACGGCCGUAUCACCUUUGUUUUUGAGACAGUUUGCUCUGCUGACUGUGAGCUCUAUUUCAUGAUGGACGUAAACAGGAAGAGCACCACCGUGGUGGAAUCCUGGGAGGGCAGUAAGGAGAAACAGUCCUACACACACGUCAUGAGCACCAACUCCUCUGUCUCGUACACAUGGGCCUUCCAGAGAACUAACAAGGCUCUGGAUGCACGGCAGUUGGUCGGUGAUGUGGUGAAGCUCUACUCUGUGAGCGUGACGAACGUGCUGAACGGUGUGGCAUCGGCGUGUCGAGCAUGCGCCCUCGUAUCCCAGAGUUCCAAGCAGGCAGGCUCCACCUGUGUCCCCUGCCCCGCCGGGUUCUACAUCGACAGGGACACCAACCGGUGCCAGGAGUGCCCUCCAGACACACACCUGACUGGACAUCACACCUACGGUCAGGACGCAUGUGCACCCUGUGGGCCUGGCAGCAAGAGCAACAAGGAUCACUCUCUUUGUUAUAGCGACUGCAGCUUCACAUAUGUGGGUAAGAACCAAACAUGGACCUUUGACCUGAGCCCCCUGAGCAAAGUGGCCUCGCUCAUCAACGGGCCCAGCUUCACCUCCAAGGGCACCAAGUACCUCCACCAGUUCAACAUCAGCCUGUGUGGACACGAGGGGAAAAGGGCAGCUGUCUGUACAGACAACGUCACUGAUCUUACUAGUAAGGAUUUGCAGAGUGACUCCGCCCAAUUCGUCAAUUCUGUGGACAGCUUCAUCUGUCAAUCAACCAUUAUCCCUGCGGAUGGGCGGGGCUUCAGGAUGGCUCUCUCCUCUCAGUCAAUCAGUUUAGCAGACACCUUUCUUGGGGCAACUGUGGACACUGCUUUGGACGGAGUAAAUGCUAAACCAGAACUCUAUCCUAAGAAUUCAAAGGAUGUUCCAGACAUCAACUUCUUCUACAGGUCCACCCAGGCGACGGCCUCCUGUGAGCGAGGUCGCAGCACAGUCAUCACGGUUCGCUGUAACCCAGAGAGGAGUGAGAAUGGAGACCUGUCAGUGCCCAGUUUGUGUCCUGCAGGCACGUGUGAUGGAUGUACUUUCUACUUCCUGUGGGAGAGUCCGAGCGCCUGCCCCCUCUGUACCCAGAGCGACUUCCACCAGAUAGAGGGAGCCUGCAAGGGUGCAGUCCAGGAGACUCUGUAUAUGUGGAACGAGCCAAAGCUCUGCACUAAAGGUGUGUCCCUACCAGACACAAGUUCCACCGCCUGUGAUGCUAUUGCCCUAUGGUUGAAGAUGGGGGUUGGGGGCGGGGCCUUCAUGGCUGUGCUACUCAUCUCUCUCACCUGCUACUUCUGGAAAAAAAACAAGAGGCUAGAGUAUAAGUACUCUCGUCUGGUGAUGACAGCCAAUAAGGAGUGCGAGCUGCCAGCUGCUGACAGCUGUGCCCUGGCAGAAGGGGAGGAGCCAGAGGAUGAUGUCGUCUAUUCCCAAAAUUCCUCACUACUAGGCAAGCUUAGGGCCAUUGCCAACAAGGGGGAGGGAGAGUGCAGUGAGUCGGUGCAGCUGAAGUCGUCCCAGUCGGAAAGAUGGGUCUGGGGAUAAGGAGGAGUGGAGAGCAGAAGAGGAGAGAGGAGAGGGAGAAGAGGAAAAGGACCAGCUGUGUUGGUAGGGAGCUGCUUUCCUCCUGACGUGUCCAGAGGAUUACUGGCUCCAGUUUCCCCAGCUGCACGCCUGUCACCAUGAUUCUGGAACUAACUGGACCGUGGGCCCCCGCUCCAGCACCUUAACUCUACCACACAAGGGGGUACACACUUCAAGUAACUCCAGCUGGUCACCGUGGAUACUGAAGGGCCAUGAAUGAAAGAUUAAAGAGCUGUUAAUGUUUUUUGUAUAUUUUGUAUUGUAAUUUGGAAUUCUCUGUAGGCUACAGUAGUGUUAAAGAUGUUUAAUUGUUUAAAGUAAUUGGGAAUAUUGUUAUGAUCCUUUAUUAAACUCCCACUUGGUUAAG